CUUGCUAUCAUGCUGCACACAUAGCCCACAGAUUGCUGAGUGCAGCUUAGGAUUUUUUGAAUUUCUCUCAAUGGGAGCAUUUUCAUUGAUGUCCUUGUAGCCAGAAACUGUGUUAAAAUGUUCCGGGAACAGCACAAGACAUGCGUCACUACCCUUCAUCCAAUCAGGCGUUUUCAUGGAUUCUUUUCUUUUUAUACAUUUUGAUCAGGGGCGAAUGUCUUCAAGUCAGUUAUUGUGGUGUUUCCUGUCUUCUGUUUUGCUCUCUGAGAAUAUCCGCAUCAUGGCAGGGCUAAGUACUUUUUAUGACUCGUUGAUUUAUGGCCAACCCAUCAAAAGGCCUAGCUGGGUGAUCAAUCACUCAAAACAGUAUCCUGCAUAUAGCUGGAAAUUGUCUAGCCUGGAUCCAGCUGCAGUUUAAGAAACUGAAUAGGGGGGGGGGGGGCAUUUAAAAGAAGGGUCUCUUUGAAGUCAUUUGAUUGACUUUCCAAUAAGAACAGUAACAGUUUCUUCAUAGAGAGACUCUGCCUGGCAUGGAUCAAUCCUAUUGAGAUUUAAUUAAAGCAGCUCUUAGUAUUCGGACUGUUGUUUAUUUGCAGAUAAAAUGUAAUGGAUUCUUGCUUUGAGCCCAUCGAUGCCCUGAGGCGUAAACAGGAUUGCCAGCGGCCACACAGGCCCCUACAAAUCCCAUCCAUGGUAACAUCACUGCAUGUUGGUCUAAAAUGCCACAGUACAGCUUGACUAACCAGCAUAUUGGGAUUCUUGUGGAACACAUGCCAUAAUUCAGAUGUUAAACUUUAGUGGAGAUGUGAGUCACACACAUCAUGGAGCCGCCUCAGUGCCUCAGAAAUUGCACCCAGCAGGGAACCGGACCUAAUGCCUUCUGGAGCGUCUGAGAGGCGCAGGCGCAAAUGUCAGAGUUUUAUGAAUAGUUUGUUUUCUAGAACAAAGUCCCACGCAUGUGACGCGAAGACAUGCAGAUGGUUUUCCCUUUCAGCCCAACAUCCCAGUGUUGAGACUUGUUUUUAAAACAUUGCUCCUCCUCCAGCUGCGUUUGUAGACUAAACUGUUGUCUCACUUUGUUGUAUCUGUGUCUGACGAGGUGCGAAUCCCAAAGGAACCUCCUCCUCCUCCUCCUCCUCCGCCUCCUCCUCCACAUCAUCGUGGUGCCGCAGCAGCAGCCAACGCGGUGCUGUGUGCGUCCUGCAGCAGCAGCAACAACAACAGCAACAGCAGCAGAAACGGCACCUGUCUGUCGUUUUUUCUGGACGAGCUGAUAACCAUUUCAGGAGUAAAUCAAGGUAUUCUCCGAAAUAAUUCUCGGCGGGGAUCCGUAAAUACCGAUGGCUGUGUAUAUAUUUGCGCCUCUGAAAAUUACGCAUCGAGCCCUUGAUGCAAGGCUGUGGUGACGCUGAGAGGAGCAAUUUCAGUGCAUCCCAGUGAACACACACCCAGACACACACACACACACACACACACACACAUAUAUUGUGGAGCCUUUUGGAUACCAGCCCUCCACAGGAGACAAUGAGAGGCUACCUGCUGACUGCAAUCUUUCUGCUGCCCUUGGUGGCCUCAGAGUCCGAGCACUGUAUCAUCAAGCGUGAACAUGAGAAAUGCAUGGACAGGAUCAUGCUGCACGACCCCAGCGACGAACUUGAAUUAAUGUGUCCGUGGAUGUGGGACAACCUGACCUGCUGGCAGGCUGCCAAUGUUGGCGAAGUUGUGGUGGUCAACUGUCCAGAGCUCUUCCACGACUUCAUGGACCCUGAGGAUGAGAUGGGGAGGAUCAGUCGUAACUGCACAGAGGAAGGCUGGUCUGAACCUUUCCCUCACUACGUGGAUGUCUGCUUCUUCUUCGACAACAUCACUAAACUUGACACGUACUUUGCCUCAGUCAAGGCCCUGUACACAGUUGGCUACAGCACAUCACUGGUGUCUCUGACUACAGCCAUGGUCAUUCUCUGCAGGUUCAGGAAGCUCCACUGCACCAGGAACUUCAUCCACAUGAACCUGUUUGUGUCCUUCAUCCUGAGAGCCAUCUCGGUCUUUAUCAAGGACGGCGUGCUGUACGCUCAGGAAGACAGCGACCACUGCUUCGUACACACAGUGGCCUGUAAAGCAGUGAUGAUUUUCUUCCAUUACUGUGUCAUGUCCAACUAUUUCUGGCUGUUCAUUGAAGGUCUGUAUCUCUUCACUCUGCUGGUGGAGACUUUCUUUCCUGAGAGACGUUACUUCUACUGGUACACCAUUGUAGGAUGGGGAACUCCCACCAUCUGCGUCACUGUCUGGGCAGUUCUGAGGCUCCACUUUCAUGACACUGGAUGCUGGGAUACAAAUGAGAACACUGCCCUCUGGUGGGUGAUCAAAGGACCAGUCGUGGCCUCCAUUAUGAUCAACUUUGUCCUCUUCGUCGGAAUAAUCAUCAUCCUGGUGCAGAAGCUGCAGUCCCCUGACAUCGGAGGGAACGAAUCGAGCAUUUACCUCAGCUGUGCUCAGAAAUGCUUCAGUGAGCCCACACAGGCUGUUCAACAUUCGUGCAGGAUGUCAGAGUUAUCCACCAUCACACUGCGUCUGGCGCGCUCCACCCUCCUGCUCAUCCCUCUCUUUGGUAUUCACUACACUGUGUUCGCCUUCUCACCUGAAGAUGUCAGCAAGAGAGAGAGACUGGUCUUUGAACUGGGACUGGGAUCCUUCCAGGGCUUUGUUGUAGCUGUCCUUUACUGUUUCCUCAAUGGAGAGUUUCUCCCUGAAGGUGCAGUCGGAGAUCAAGAGGAAAUGGCGCAGCUGGACCGUGAACCGGUACUUUGCUGUGGACCUGAAGCAGCAAAGGCACCCUUCGUUGGCCAGCAGCGGAGUGAACGGCGGGACUCAGCUGUCGAUCCUCAGCAAGAGCAGCUCCCAGAUACGAAUGUCCAGUCCGCUGGCGGAGAACGCCAACAUCAGCCUCCCAACCUGAGCGUCUGAUUGGCAAGAGUCAACUUAAAGGUGCCGUUCCACUUAUGUACAUCCAGAACAACCAGAGUAGACCAAAGUGGCCCCUCAUACCUCAUUACAUUUUGUAGUUUGGCCUUUCGAAAAUGAGGUAUUUCUGAAAGCAUUUACUGGAGAUCCAUUAGAGGUACAUAGCUGACGUUCAUACUUAAUCCUUUUAUUUCACUAUACGAUACAAUUGAAUUAAUUUGAGUAUUUCAGUUGACUCUGCAGAUUGUGAACUUUUCAAAUUUUCUGAUUUUCUAACAGACAAAUUCCAUUCCAUAGAUUUAAACAGAGAGAUAUUAGAAAUUCCCUUCCUACCAAUGUUUUUAUCUUAAAUUUAGCCCCUAUUAUUGUUUAAUGUAUAAUUAAUAUCAAUGUAGAGUUUGGUGCCAAAAAACAGUACUUGUUGUAAAAAAGAAAACAGUAGUUAAACACCAAAUGUAGGGGUCAUAUUUGUCUGUUGGUGUGUCAAGUAAAUGUGCUUCAAAGUGCCAUACAGGUUGCCUGACUGGAUCUGAUCUCAUAACAGUCCAAAGUGAAGUAACAACCAAACGUCCGCCUUGCUUGUACAAAUGCUCAUUGUUUAAAUGUUUUAUCUUACAAUUUAAACAUUUUUCUACAAUCUGCCGUAAGUACAGAGUAUGUCAAAAGAUAUAUCGAGAACAAAACAAAACAUGCAUAACGCAGUAUUGUAAUGACCUUUUCAAACAAAAGGAACUGGAGCCCAAAUCUGUAGACUUCAUCACAUAUCCUGAGGACCCAGAAGAUCCAGCCCACUCUAUUCUGAGCUAUUUGUUUGUAUUUAAUAAAAACACAGUGUACACAGAAGAACAAAGUGCCAAACUGAAUGAGCACUGUAGAGCAGGGGUUCCCAACCUGAAGGUGAAGAUGAGGGGUUGUGAAAUGCCAGAUACAACAAUGUAGGAAAGAAGAGCAUUUUUCUGCUCCGUUAAAUUAUGUUUUAUUUUUAUUUUUUGGUGUAAAACACCAGAUAGAUUCAUGUCUUUCAGGCUUGGAGGUGUUUAAAUUAACCCAUAUGUGAAGGUAAAAUGUGCUUGCAGCUCGAAGAAAUGUGUAACUUUUAAUUGACUUUGUAUUGUUUUAAAGCCAAAAAGGUUGGGACCCACUAGAGGACAUCACAGUACAUGAGGGAAUACAACACUCUAUUUAAAAAGUAAUCCUUAAAAUCUCCUCUCUGAACUGGUCCUCACAGCUAGUGUCAGUAGUUUCCUCCAGUUGAUUUUCCUUUCACCGACUUGUCAUUACCAUUCUUGCAGACUGUGAACUUAAAUGUGCCAUUUAGCGGAUGAUUUGAUCCAAAGCUUCUCAAUAGUGCCAUUAGUUCAUAUGCACAGCAUUUUAUCAUAGGCGGCGAGAAUCAAACCCUUAACAUGCUCUUAAAGAUAACACUCUUUGUCCUCUUUUCUCUGAGCAUCAGCCCAUCGUGCCACAUCAAAUUGCUCUUCAUUAUAAUUUUGUUUUGAUGAAUCACCUCCUACACUCAUAUUCCAAAGUGCCUAGUCAGUCACACAUAGCUCUCACUUUUAUUUCCAGUACAAUGAACAGAUAUCUUAAAUGUGUAGUAAGAGUCAUUUUCUGCAAAGAAUGUACAGAGUGUUGUGUUUUUAUUGUGAAGCAAAGUUAUGCUACGAAAAAACAGUUUUGCUCAUUUAUUGGUGAAAUUAUUUAUGAGAAAAGAGUCCUGUUUUUUUUCUUCUUAGUUUUAAUCACAAUGAGUUUGACAAGACUUAAGUAAUAGCUCUACGUAACUUCUGUUUUAUUUGACCUGCUGGUUCCAACUAUCAUCUAUAAGUCCGUUACAAUUCAGCACCAACGCCAGACACAUAAACAGCUUCAAAACAAUACAUGUUCUAACAGUCAACACAAAAAUGCUUUAAUGUGACAGCUCUUGACAAUCGCAGUGUGUUGCCCAUUUUUUUUUUCUUUCUCUCUUUUUGUUUGUAAGCUAACAAACAAUAACUGUCCAGACGUAGAAAUGAUUUAAGAUGAAAUGUGAAACGAUGUGUACAGGAGGAUUUAUCCACAACAUUUACUCAAGAUAUUUAUUUUUUUGUACUGUCAUCUGAAUGGAUUAUACAAUUGUAGUGUCUUAAAAAGAUGAAUUGACAAUUAUCGAACAGAAAAGGAUGUACAUUUAUUUUCCAUGAACCAGUGCCAUGCUGUGAAAUGACUCAAUGUACAGUAUACAUGCUUUCUUAUGUGUAAUUUAGUUGUAUGCCUGAUGUAUUAUUUCAUUAUUGAUAUCGACUCUCUCGUUGCUAUAACUGGUGAGAUGUGUGGCACAAUGUCUCAUUUCUAAUUUUAAAGAAAACAAAAAACACUCAAAGGAAAUUGCUGUCCAAAGAGGAUAUUGUGAGAGAGCAAAAAAAGCGAGAUAAAAAAUAAACACUACUGAAGAAGAGAUGCAUCAGAUUUAUGCAUCUGCUUGGCUGCUUUUUGACAAAACAGUGUGUGACAAGAUACUAUCACGGGAACUCGAGCCAGAGGUAGAAAUGUUUUUGGUUUUUUCUUUCGAUUAGGAAGGUACGAGAAGGUGGAACAACUGCGACAGAUAAAACACAAAGUGUGUACGAGGGUGUGAUAAAAGAAAACACUCCGCUGCUGCUUACGUGUUCUAUCACCAGCCGUCAUUCUGAGUCUGAAUCAGCUCAGAUGGAAACGACCAUGUCUCAAAGCUGUUACUGUCUGUGGAAAGAGGAGGAGAAAACUCCUUUCAUGACCAUGUCUGUGCUGUAUAUUUGUUUGCCACAAGGUGGCAGCAAAUCAUUUUAGUUGGGGGGGGGGGGGAGUUAGACUGGCAUUGAUUUGCUUUUUGAGCCUUGUACUUUGAAUUUUUGAUGAAAUAGGUAGUGCUUAUUAACAUUGUUCACUUUUCACAGCGUUGAUUUUUUUUUAUACAGAACUAAAUCAACAAGCCUACAAGUUCGAUUUUUCUUAAUGAGGUCAAAUAUGCCCCCCUCUCAAUCCCAAAAUUCCCUUCCAGUUCACAUUAGUUUCAAAACAAAAUGAACUAUUUGAAUUUCAAAACUUGCUGACAUAUGAGGAAAUAUUGAGAAUUGGGGGCACCUUGUAGUGACCGUUCCUCUCUCCACAAACCACUUCUUACAGUUACUUUAGCAUUACGGAAGCACACUCGUCUUUUUGUGUGAAAGAAAAGCUCUUGACACGUUUUCUGAAAGCAAUAGUCUGACAUUUUCGUAGAUAUGUUCAUUCACUUUCUAGCUGAGUGUUUGGUGAGAAGAUUAAUACUACUUUAAUGGCUGUACGCUAAUGAAGCUACAGCCGGUUAGCUUAGCUUAGCACGAAGGCUGGAAGCAGGAGGAAGCAGCUAGCACUCCAAUGUUCCCAGCGUCUUCAUUAUAGCCCUGUAUUUUCUCCUGGAUUACGGUAGUUUAGUUCAAUUUACGUGGUAAACAUUGUAAAUUUAACCAAAUAAAAACAACAAAAUUACUUAGUUAUGUUUAGGCAAAAUUGUUUGGUUAGGUUUAGUAAAAACAUCAUGGCCACUGUGGAGAUUUCAAUGUCUAAAGUCAAGAAAACUGUUUGCUAAUUUAAGGAUGUUGAUUUCAAAGAGUAUGACAUCAGCUAGAAAAAAAGCAUUGCUGAGGAAACUUUGAAAGGUCUCCUUUGUUGUAAUAAGGAGAUAUUGAGCUGGGGAACAUCGUCCCUUGGGGACAUAGAUAAGCUCCCAGCUAGAAGUCAUUGGCUAACUAAUAGAUACCUUAUCUUGACGAGAUAAUUACAAAACAGCUGGCAAAUAUUUGGUGUAUUUCCCAAAAUGUCAGGCUAUUCCUUUAAAUGUAACUCUUCUCAGUGUGGCAUAUCUCUGUGUUUAGAUGCCUUUCCUUUGGCGGUUGUGCGUGUUGAGCCAGUUUUAUCAAGUGUGAGUUCCAAUUGAUUGCCAAUGAAUUUUUGAAUGUACCGAUGUUACUCAGCUGCUCUUAAAUGUCGCCUGCUGUCAAUUUGCCAUGGUGUACAAACGAUGUCUUUUCUUGAUCAUAUACAAUGCACUGUAUAUGUAUAUUUUCGGCACACAGGUGGACCUCUUGACGAAAACCUGUAAUGUUUGUGACCGUGUUUUUGUAUGUUUAUGUAACUGUUUUCAGAGUGUGUGUGAGUGUGUGUGUGGAAGUUGGAGCAAGUGUAUUCUGUACACAUGUGUACGUAAUGACAAGCAUUAUUAAUGAGGAUAUAUGUAACUUAAAUGUCAAAAGAAUAUCUAUAAAGCUUCAUCCAUAUGAUGUUCUACCUGUGACGGUGUGUCAUGUGUUACAUGCGUUCUGGUGUCAAACAUUUAUGUCCCAGGUUGUGUAAAUUUGACUGCAAAAUAAAUCUAUCUGUGGUA